CAUAAGUUACGUCACAGGGAAUUUCCAGUAAGGAAGUCAAGCUGUCUAUUCAAACGAUCGCGUAGAUCUCGACAUGAUUUACUGUGACCAUUCGCGACAGGCGAUUCUAAUCGACUGAUCGAUCUAUCGAUCUGCCUUUUAACCCCAGUGGAUCUUCUGUAUAUCCAUGUCUGGCAGACGCAACAAUCAUCCCGAAUAAGGAACCUGCCUUGAACUGACUUUCUAUCAGCUUACAUUAGUUGACUUCAGCGCAACAUGGAGAAAUAAGUUGAAACGAAUAGGAAAACUUGAUUCUGAAUCCCAGAUCUCGGCUGUUUGAUGUUGAUUCUGACCCUCGGAUAUCAAUCAGGAAAGGAAUCAUGGCUGGAGAGGAUCCAUACCAUGGUGUGUACAUGGAACCUAUUGACCCGUUCAGAGACGACACAAUAUGGAUGACCAUGGACCCGACAGCAUUUCCGGGCAUCCACAACAAUAAUGUAAUGAGGACUGUCGACGGACCUUAUCUGCGAAUUGUCGAACAACCAAAACAGAGGGGCUUCAGGUUCCGCUAUGGAUGUGAGGGCCCCUCCCACGGAGGACUCCCAGGGGCCUCCAGUGAGAAGAACAGGAAGUCUUACCCACAAGUGAAGGUCUGUAACUACCAGGGUGCAGCUCGAGUGGUAGUUCAGCUGGUGACCAACACCGCGGAGCCCCAUCUUCAUGCUCACAGCUUGGUGGGCAAACAGUGUGAUAAAGGAAUCUGCAUUGUCGAAUUGCUGCCCAAAGAUUCAAGCAUCAGUUUUCCUAACUUGGGCAUUUUGCACGUGACAAAGAAGAACGUAAGCAAAGUUUUGGAAGAGAGGAUGAUCGAGGCCUACAGGAUGGGAUAUAACUACGGCAUAUUCAUCAAUCCUGAGAUUGAUGUCCUACAAGGAGAGGUUCGCAUGCCCAGAGAACUCACAGAUGCUGAGAGGAACCUGAUUAGCAGUGCAUCUAUUCAUCAGUCAAAGGAGAUGGAUCUGAGCGUGGUACGGCUCAUGUUCACAGCCUUCCUGCCCGACAGUGAUGGAGGGUUCUCCCGCAGGCUGGAACCAGUCAUUUCAGACCCCAUCUUUGACAGCAAGGCCCCAAAUGCCUCCAAUCUGAAGAUAGUGCGGAUGGAUCGGACCGCCGGCUGUGUGACGGGAGGAGAGGAGGUCUAUCUGCUGUGUGAUAAAGUCCAGAAAGGUCAGAAAUUUGCCAUUGUCUUCAAGACGCCUAAAUAUCGGGACCAGAACCUCCAGAAGCCCAUCUCUGUGUUUGUGCAGCUAAAAAGAAAGUCAGACAAUGAAACGAGUGAACCCAAGCCUUUCACCUACCAUCCACAGAUUAUAGACAAAGAAGAAGUCCAACGAAAGAGACAGAAGACACUGCCAAACUUCCAGGACUACAGUGGAGCAGGAGGCGGAGCUGGGGGCAUGUUUAGAGGAGGAGGGGGUGGGUCUACAGCAGGGGGCGGUCCCAGUGGAGGAGGAGUGGGAGGACAUUUCUUCCAGGGAUAUCAAACCUAUAACAAUUUUGGGUCUGGAUACAACUUCUCCUCAGGCGUGGGAGGAGGCGGGACCACCAUCAAGCAUGCGUAUCAAGAACCAGUGGAAGACAGUGAUGAGGACAGUGACAGUGAUACCGAUGAUGAUCCGGCAGCAGGUGGGGUGGUGCGAAUCUGUGCCCAGCCUGAACCUGUCGGUUUGGGAGUGGAAAGUGAGGACACAGAGCCUACAGAAAAUCUGGAGUUAAACACCACAGGCUGUGUGUUAGAGCCGCAUUUGGCUGAGCUAGCUGGAAGACAGGCUCAAGCUCUCUUUCAUUACGCAGUAAGCGGUGAUGCUAGAAUGCUUCUGGCUCCACAGCGCCCCCUCAUGACCACUCAAGAUGAGAACGGAGACACGGGUUUACAUUUGGGAGUGAUCCAUAGUCAGACAGAUGCCGUGCGAAAUCUAGCACAAGUCAUCUCGGGUCUCCCCGGAGAGGACAUAAUCAACAUGAGGAAUGAUCUGUACCAGACUCCUUUGCACCUAGCAGUGUUGACACAGCAAAAAGAGGCGGUCGAGGCCUUGUUGGAGGCCGAUGUGGACAUCACGCUCACAGAUCGCCAUGGAAACACGGCACUUCACCUGGCGGCUCAGCAGAAAGAGGACAACAUGCUGCGAUUGCUGCUAAAGUACAAACCAGUGGUGCAAUUAACCAGCAUCCCGAACACAGCAGGUCUCUGUCCGCUUCACCUGGCUGUACAAGCAAACGGUUUGAGUUGUGUGCGAGCCUUGCUUGAUGGCGGGGCAGAUGUGGAUGUUCAGGAGAUCACGUGUGGCCACACAGCACUUCACCUGGCCACAGAGCUGGGAAACCUUUCCCUUGCCGGCUGCCUCCUGCUGGAGGGUAAUGCAUAUGUAGACAGCGUCACCUAUAAUGGUUCAACUCCUCUGCACGUUGCUGCAGGACGUGACUCAACCAAACUGUGCGCGCUCCUGAUGGCUGCAGGAGCAGAUCCUCAUAAAGAAAACUUUGAACCACUGUUCUUCAAAGAAGAUGAGUUGUGUGGUACAUGUGAGGAGGAGGAGGAGGAGGAAGAUGAAGGCUAUAUUCCUGGGACAACCCCUCUGAACAUGGCAACCUCCCCAGAGGUGUAUGAUAUUCUUAAUGGAGAAGAGUAUCAGCUCACCACCACUGUUGUUCCACCACAAGGUGACAUGAAGAGCUUGAGCUCUGACACAAAGCAGGAGCUGUGCCAGGCCCUGGAAGGACAGACGGGAGGCUGGGAGAGUCUGGCUCAUGCUCUGGGGCUUGGCAUCCUGACCAGUGCCUUCAGACUCAGCACCUGCCCUGCUAGAAAGCUGCUGGACAGCUAUGAGGUGUCUGGAGGAACGGUGCGUGAGCUGGUUGAGGGACUGAAGCAUGUUGGGAACAGCAGUGCUGUCAGUUUACUCCAGGCUAUGUGCAAGGAGCCUGAAGCUGUCCACACCACGCCUCAGCUCACAGGUCCAGGGCUCUGUAAGUCCAUUCAGGGUUUGACACUGGGCCCCCAUCAGGAAGAGAGUGGGAUAUGCGACAGCGGGGUGGAAACCUCUUUCUAGAGCCCUAACCUCAGUCUUGCAGACUCCAAACACAAUCGCACAAACUGAGGCCUGACCCUAAAAACAGCUUCUCCCUCCUCACUACAGCACCACUCAACCUCAGGAUACACCUCCAAACUCUUUAAUUGGUCACCGCCCACUGUGGAUGCUCCACCCAAAAUGCAAAUGAGGGAACGUUGAGGAGUCCUUAAGCUUUCUGGCCACAGGGAUUUUCUUCUAUUUUUUUAUUUUUAGCUUUUAAUAUAAAUAAUACCAAAAAGCACUUAUUUGAACAUUUUAUUUUGUCCUUUUAUAAGAGCUAUAUUUACUUGGUCAUUUUUAAUUUUCAAGUGGCUAGUUUCAGUUGUGCUAAAGCUGAGGCAGCAGAUAAAGUCCAGAGCCCAUUUGGAACAAAUAUAGUUAUAUUAAAGG